AAGGAUUAUAAAAGCAGGGCUGGGAGUUAGGCAAUAUUGGUUGUCUUUAUGAUCAAUGCACGGAUUUCAUUCUGUGGUUCGACGUCGAAGUUACGUGCAAGUGAGCUAAAAUAACUUUAAAAAGGUGACUGAGUUCGACUUCAAGGAGCAAUCGGUUUUCAUUCAGGCUUUGAUGGUUCAUUGAGAAACACACUUUGACAGAACCAAAGUCUACUACCGGUUACAAGAACACAGUAUCUUCUUGUGUAGAAAAUACAUACCAAGUUAGAAGGAUUAGUAAGAAUCGAUUUGACAUGAGCCUUGCUGAAUGUAACGUGCAGUCUGAUGGAUGAAUAACGUGUUUUAUGGACUAAGAAAACAGAAUUCUCAAGAACAACUACGAAGAGCCAGGAAGAUCCAAGGAAGAGACAAGCAGCAAAGUUUUAUUUAAACAGAGUGGACUAGCAAAACUACUUAACCAAAUUGACGACUGUGAUGCCAGCUGAAGGAUAAAGAAGGACUAGCCAGCACUUGCAAUAGAAAUAAAACGAGAAGUGAUUCACAAGUAUAAAAGGAUCACAAUCCACAGAAUUUCAGGAAAGAUAAUAUAUAGAACCUUCAAUUAGAUUUCAUUCACUAGUUAUAUCUCAAGGAACAAUCUCGAAGACAUCAAAGUUUAAGGAGACCAUAGCCCAAAGGUGGUACGUACAUUAAGGUGUAUCACAGUUCUUUACUUACUUAUACAGAGGCUAAUCAUUGGGAUUGUGGCACGUUGAAAAAUUAAUUAGUUAAUUAAUUACAUAGUUAAUGAGAGUAUAUAGUUAUUAGGUACGUCGAGGCACAUUUUUGAGGGACACGUCCACAGAGGUACGACAAGGUACAUCACUGGGUGGGUACAUCCAGGUACGUCAAGGCAUAUUCUUAAGUUACAUAUAAAUCUAUUAGUUCUGUUUGAAUUAGGCCUAGAAUAAUGUCAAACAACACAACCUACAAUGAUCAGUUAUGCACGCUUUAUCUCUUAAACUCCGCUACUUCAGAAAUCGUCAUGACCGUAGCGCUAGGCGUUCUGGGUAUUUUCUCUCUCGCGGGUAAUGCGCUAGUUCUAGCCGUGUUAUAUAGGAACCGAGAAAUGCGUACGAUCACAAAUCUCUUCAUUGCAAAUAUGGCCGUAUCGGACUUGAUAUUUCCACUAGUUGUUAUUCCAAAAGAAAUCGCAUUUAUACAUUCCGAUCAUUUUUGGCUUAUCAAAGGCGAUUUUGGGUCGUUUCUUUGCAAGCUCGUUCACUUCUUGCAAGACCUUUCCACAUCCAUUUCGAUCCUUAGUCACGUGGCUAUUUCUAUCGAGCGAUUCUAUGCAGUCGUUUUCCCUCUAAAGGCUAGGAGAUCCAGUGUCGGAUGGCGCACGGUUGCAGUGGUGAUGACCUGGGUGGUUGCCAUGGGAUAUAAUGCUCCGUACUUUUAUUCGUUCAGGCUUGUGUUAAUUUCAAAGGAGGAAAGGACGUUUAGGUGCAUUCUUCAGUGGGAGCCAGCAUUCGAUGACACAAAUGAGGCCCAAAAGAGAUUCUAUAUGUUUUCUUUCGUGUCCCACUACGCAAUACCUCUGGUCGUCAUUACCGUACUGUAUUCAUAUAUUCUUUACAAGAUCAAAGCGAGGCAGGUCGUAGGAAACGAUUACGCUAAUAGAUCGGUUCGCGAUAACACUCAGAACAAACGCAUCGUUCGGUUGGCGAUCAGCAUCGUCUUAUUAUUUGCGAUCUCUUGGGCCCCACUUCACAUCUUUCUCUUCAUUCAUAUUUAUAAAUGGAACUGGAGCAUACCGUGUGGUCUCGAGAACCUAGCGUUUAGUACUUUCUAUCUUGCAUGGUUGAGUAGCUUCACCAAUCCAUUGAUUUACUUCAUAUUUAGCGAGAAUUAUCGGAACGGAUUGAAAAAUCUUUUCGGGGGAUGUUUUGUGAUUCACCCUCGUAUUUUUCCGGGAAUCAGCAAUGUAGUAGGAAUUGAGACAACUGAGUCGACGUUCUUAGAACAUCGAGGAGCUAGAGUCUUGCGACAUGAACGAAACGCCGCAACUAACGAGGAAACUGUCACAUAAAUAAAAUUUAAAAAAAUAAGAAAUAGCUAUAUCUUGCAGUGAUUAUUAGACAAAAGGCAGCAAGAUAUGAAGUUGUAGAGGUGUAGUGUACAUAAAGCAGUUUCCGUGUAUAUGACUGUGAAAAGCUCACGGCACGCACACGGUCGUGACACGGCAAGGGAUACACCAGACCUAUCACAUUGCUCGAGAAUUUACUCUCCAUCCAAUCAAAUACCCGGCGGAACACGGCAAGAGCACGGCGCGGCUAUGGACACGGUACUGCCAGACCAAUCACAUUGCGAAAGAAAAAAAUCAGCCAAUUAAAAUUAGAGAAAGUAUCGCGGUCACGACAUGCAAUGCUUUAAAAUGCUGGGAAGGUAACAGAAAUCGGUACAGCGCGUUUUGUUCAUUUUAUACAAAUGCUGAUUUUACUUAAUAGCAAGUCUUUGACCCUUUAUUUGUUCCAAUACAAUAUGCCUUAACAAUAAGGACUCUUGGGACUUUUUCCCUUUUAGGACAAUCAAUUGUAAACUUUUGCAAAAUGCCCAUUACAUGAUCUCCUCAUAUCCAAUGAUGCCUUGAAAGGUUUCGUUAUGACUCGACUGUUAAGACACGACUUUGUCUCUAAAGGGGAAGGGAGGUUUAUUGGUGUCCACGAUUAGUGUGCUACAUGUGGCAUGCUAGAAGUUUGACACGUUAAUAAAGUUUAUGUAUGUAUGUUAAAAGCUAGUGUAGGUAGUAUCGUUUCAACUUAACAUAAUGUAAGAGCAAAAAUGGUGAGAAUCCGAACAGUUAUGUUCAGAAUUGUAGUUAGAUUUAGCGUUAGAUGGAUGGAAGAAAAGAAAAACAAAAUAACAAAAAUACAAAAAAAAUAUUAUAGCAUAUUGGUAUAAACUGUAAUCAAGUAGACAGUUGUAGCAUGUAGUAUACACCUAAUUGGAAAAAACACCUUGUCGGGUUCGAGAAGAUCAUAUCAUCGAAGUUAAGACCGAAAAGGAUUUUGGGUACUCCGAAAUGUGUAUCAUAUUUGCAUAUAGACAUGUAAAAAUGCACAUUAGAGCAAAGUCGGCGACCGAGAUUAACAUGCCAAAGCCAUUCUACAAAGAUGUACGCUGGAGAGCUGUUUGGCUGCCCCUUCGGACUUAGCUUCGAUGAUAAAACCUUUUUUGGAACCCAACAACGUUUUUUUAAUUAGGUGUAUAGGCUUAGCUUGCUUUGAAAAUUGGAUGAAAUUUUAAAAAAUGUAAGAAAAUCAAAUAUUGCUCGAAAAAUUGUAGUUUAACGUACAAUAUAGUAGUUUAUAUGAUUAAUAAAAUUAUAACUAAGAACUGCAUAUU